AUGAAUUGCAAUUGGAUUCUCUGCAUUGCGGUGCUCCUCGGACUGCAUUCGUAUCAGUUUGUCUUCCCAAUCGCUGUCAGUCUGCUGUCGUACAUUCUAUCAAAGUGCUUGGCAGGCUACAAACACUUUUACGCGCUGAUAUGGAUGUUCAAUAUUAUCACGCUGGUUGCUAUAGAGUAUUACAACGGCAUCUCAUUUAGUCUGAUUCACCCUGCGCUCGCUCACCUCAAUAAUAGUCGCGGUCUGGUAAGAUGGUACGUCUUUUACAAAAUGACAAUGCUCAGAAACAUCUCUUUCGCUCUCGACUUGCACUGGAUGAGAAGAGAUCGCAAAGCGUACAAAGCUAUACCAAUCAAUGGUCUCUCCUACUCUGAGAGGAAGAAUGUGCCCCUUUCCGAGCAAGAUUACAGCGUAAACAACUUUAUAUACUACUCCUUCUACCCCCCUCUCUACUUGGCGGGACCGAUAAUCACAUACAAUGACUUUGCACAUCAAACAUACCUACACUUCAAACCACCUACGCUAGAAUACAUAGCAAAAUACGCACUGCGAUGCUUGUCUUCAUUCUUGACACUGGAAUUCACUUUGCAUUAUAUCUACGUCGUUGCGAUCAAGAAUACUGGUGCAUGGAGGAACGAUACCCCUGCGCAAAUAGCAUUGAUAGGAUUCUGGAACUUGAUAGUAGUGUGGCUGAAGCUACUAAUACCGUGGCGUUUCUUCAGGCUGUGGAGUUUGAUAGAUGGUGUUGAUUGUCCAGAGAACAUGAUACGCUGCGUCGCGAACAAUUACUCAACAACCGGUUUCUGGAGAUCUUGGCACAGGAGUUUCAACCUGUGGAUAAUACGCUAUAUCUACAUACCACUGGGCGGCACGAGGUAUGUAUGGGUGAUAACGCCUGUCAUAUUCGUUUUUGUUGCGCUAUGGCAUGAUCUACACUGGCGAUUGCUGGUAUGGGGAGGGCUAGCGAGUGUGAUAAUCGUGCCAGAGUUGCUAGCAUCGCAUUUCUUGCCGGCGCAGAAGUACAGUCACCGGUGGUGGUACAGGCAUGCAUGCGCAGCGGGCGGCGUUCUUAACAUUGUUGCACUAAUGGCGGCGAAUCUCGUAGGAUUCGUACUAGGUAUAAGAAACACUAGGAACUUUCUCACAGAUCUAGUCUUCUCCGUCGAAGGCUGGCAGUUCCUCGCCAUUGCCCUCCCGUCUCUCUUUGUCGGCGUGCAAGUGAUGUUUGAGCUGAGGGAGUCAGAGAAAAGACACGGGAUCCUGCGGCGCGAGAGACGAACCAACUACGAAAUGCCAAUGCAAGCCAGGCGAAUGCACCUGCAUAGGGUGCUGGAAGAGUGCGCACCACAAAGAUUGGAAGUGACUGUGGCUGUCUCAAAGAGGGCCGCGCGUGUACCUGCUGAAGACGGCUGA